AUGAAGAACUUCAUUCUCCUCAAUCAGCUCAUGCUGCUGGUUCAUUAUGCAGCCAGUCUUGCGGAUCAUUCGUCAAUGUGUCUUCUGAACCCCGUUGGGCUGGAGGCGGGACUUUCCUUGAUUUCGGCAAGGAUCACCGACACACAUGCAGGGCCUUGUUCUGUUUCCCUCCAUUUCGAGAAUUCGAGCUUUUUGCCUAUCACCUACACCUUCCAGCCGCCCACUUGUGUUGGUGCAGGGUUGGUAAACUUUGUUGUUCCUCUUGAGUCCCCAUCAGGCGAGGCAUACAUCACAUUUCAAUGCGCCGGUGAAACACUAUCAUGUGCCCGUGCCUUGAUCACUGGUGGCCAUUCAGAUGUAGAUCUUGCCAUCCCCUCCCUGGCCGUCGUCUGCGAGACGACCAAUUUGGACAAAAGCGUGACAAACAUUAUACCAACUACAGCGUCAUUUCCAUUGGCAACACCAGACCCUCACUCAGGCAUAUCCUUUACAACCGCCGUAACUAAGUAUAUCACUGAUAACUUGAUUGGAUCGAAGCCUGUCACCACCUUGACCAUAACGAUUACCGAUGAGGUGAUUCGCAACCAGGAGUCGGCAACCCACACACACGAUAUGCAUUUCGCAACUGGUCACAUCGUUACGAACACGCCAACCACGCAAGCCGUCACGAAAACGUCUACUCAAACUCACACGAAGACUCAAAAGAAUGUCACGAUUGGUACGAUUGGUUCUAUCGGUACUAUCAGCCCCCGGGCAACACAGAUCAACUCGAAGCUUAAUUUAGCUGUCGUCACAAGCACUGCCAAUACUAUUGGUAGUUCUCUCCUUGGUGUACACUUGCUCGUCAUCGUUUACUGGUUGUUCUAG